AUGGCGCCCAGUAUGUCUCUGCAUAGUGUCGUCGCCAUCCUUAUAUUAUCCACCGAUUCCUCCCCCGAAUCCUCUAGACUGUUCGCCAAAUACUACAAUCCUCCACAUGCCUCAGCCGCACCACAACAUCCUCUACAAUCGCAACCGUACCCGCAUCUAAAAGAACAGAAGGCCUUCGAAAAGGGAUUGCUGGAAAAGACUUCAAAGCAGACAACUGAUGUGAUCCUCUACGACAAUAAAGUCGUGGUGUUCAAGAUGGAGAGCGACGUCAUGCUGUAUGUGGUGGGCGGCGCAGAGGAGAAUGAGAUUCUAUUGUAUAAUGUUGUAUUGGCACUGAGGGACACGUUAAGCAUUUUGUUAAAGAACUCGACGGACAAGCGCACCAUCAUGGAGAACUACGAUCUGGUAACGUUGGCCAUCGAUGAAAUUGUCGAUGACGGCAUAGUCUUAGAGACGGAUCCGGUGAUGGUGGCAUCGAGAGUGUCAAAGGCUCCUGCACAGGACGCGCCGAAUAUGAAGAACAUUGACCUCAGUGAGCAGGGGAUACAGAAUCUUUGGGAAUUCGGGAAGAAGCAGGGAAUGGAGUUUGUCAGAAGAAACUUGUGA